AUGGACGACGUAUACGCGAGAGGUUAUCUCGCAUAUAAUCAUGAGGAAGACACCAGGGACGUGAGCAUGGGCGCCUCACCUCUCUACGAGAAAUUUCCUUCUACUAUUCAACAUUACCACACAAACGGUCAUACCAUGGGCCCUUCACCGACCAACAUCGAGCCUGAGGCUGUCGGGGCCUCCAACCCUGAGAACCUAUCGGCGGACGAACUUGAACUUCGUGCUCAAGGCCACGUAGGUGAACUACCACGCCAGUUCGGCAUCUUGUCGACCUUGUCUCUUGCCUUCACCAUCACCAACUCUUGGAUUGCAUACUCGGCCGUGUUCGCCAUCCCUCUUAUUGCAGGCGGAGCAACAUGCGUGGUGUGGAGUUUGGUGAUUGGUUUUGUGGUAUGCAGUAUCAUCACCCUGGGUCUCGCCGAGUUGGCAAGUGCAUAUCCAACAUCAGGUGGACAGUACCACUUCUCCUUCAUGGUUGCGCCUCCCAGAUUCAGAGCAGCAGUAUCGUACACCAUCGGCUGGGUGAGCGUCUUUUCCUGGUGGAUGCUUGCGUGCGGUUCUUGCAUCUUCUGUGCACAAGCCGUCGCUGCCAUGGCUGCUGUCUAUCACCCGGAUUUCGCAGCCACACAGUGGCAAAUCUACCUCAUCUACGUGGCUCUUACGAUUCUCUCCACGGCUUUGAUAACGUUGUUUCCCAAGCAACUACCUAUGGCGGAGAUUGUUUGUUUCUGGUUGUCCGUCAUCGGAUUCAUUGUGUCCACAAUUACUGUGCUGGUAAGAAGCGAACAUAAACAGACCGGUCGAACUGUCUUUGCCGACUGGAACAACAACAGUGGUUGGGUCGACGGAGUUGCCUUCUUUAUCGGCGUUGGCCAGGGCAUGUUCGCUUUCAUUGCUCUUGACGCGGCGACCCAUGUUUCUGAAGAAAUGCCCAAUCCAAGGAGAAACGUUCCUCGAGCUAUGGGCCUGACCAUGGUCAUCGGAAUGAUCACUGGCUUCGUAUGGACCGUCGCGUUUCUGUUCUCCGCCACGGAUCUAGAUGCGGUCAUGAGUAGCCCGUCACCGUACUUGACCGUUUAUUUUCAGGCCAUCCACAAUGAUCCGGUGGCUCUCUUCUUUGCUGUCUGGCUGUUUCUGGCGUACGUUUCGGCCACCAUCUCCUGCUACGCAACGUCGGGACGCCUGGUCUGGGCCUUUUCCCGAGACAAUGGCCUACCAUACAGCAAAUUCUUCAGCAAGGUCCACCCUACAUUGCAGGUGCCGGUGAACGCGACGGUUUUGACCUGUGUCUUCGCCAUCUUUUACGGUCUCAUCUACAUCGGGUCCACCACCGCAUUCAACUCCUUCCUCUCGAUAUCCAUUUUGGGUUUGAACGCCACAUACACGGUUCCUCAGGCUAUCGUUGUGAUCCGUGGCCGUGACAAGAUCUUGCCACCUCGACCUUUUGCGCUGGGAAAGUGGACCGGGUUAUUUUGCAACAUAUUCUCCAGUCUCUGGAUUGCUAUGUACAUUGUGUGGUUCUGCUUCCCCACUGCCCUGCCGGUAAAGGCUCAGAGCAUGAACUAUCUGAGUGUGAUUGCUGUGGGCGCACUUUUCUUCAUUGGACUGAGUUGGUUCUUCGGGAAGCGCAGGACAUUUACCGGUCCAAAGGUGGUGUUUGAUGGUAUACACGCGACUGCCAGUAACAACACCCAAGAAUUCGAGACCGUUGAGGCUGGCCAAGGAGAUUUGAAAGGUCAUUGA